UUGGAGCAAAUACAGUUCAGUGUCUUUCCAUUGCAAUUUGCGUUGUCAACGUUGGCAGCUCCGAACGUCCUUCUACCGUCAACUGUGCUCGAGUUGCAUCAUUGAUAUCCUCAAAAGACAGUUCCAAAUAUUUUGAGAUGGCCGCCCAAAAGAAACAGAAAAAGGCUUUAGAAAGCACCAAUGCCCGUUUGGCUCUGGUGAUGAAAUCCGGCAAAUAUUGCUUGGGCUACAAACAAACACUGAAAUCACUCCGCCAAGGAAAGGCCAAGUUGGUGCUCAUCGCCAGCAACACGCCAGCUCUCAGGAAAUCUGAGAUCGAAUACUACGCUAUGUUGGCCAAGAGUGACGUGCAACAUUACAGCGGAACCAACAUUGAGUUGGGAACUGCCUGCGGUAAAUAUUUCCGUGUGUGCACACUUGCUAUCACUGAUCCAGGUGAUUCCGAUAUCAUCCGUUCAUUGCCAGAGACCCAAUAAACAUGUUCUUUAAUUUUAUAAGGAAUAAACUGGAUUAAGUAAAAAUG